AUGAAUAGCAUCAACCACUAUCGACGCUACAAGGAAGACACCAGUGUAUUUGCAACAUGGCUAUUAAAUACUGCGGAAAGUUGUGGGUAUAAUCCGGGAUAUGAUGACGAAAUUCCCAAGCCGCAGUCAAUGCAACCAAGCACUAGACUCAAGGGAAAAGCAAGAAAGGAAGCGAAGAGAGCCACAAUCGGUUCGACACUAAAUGUGCAAACUAAACUGAGGUAUAUUUCGACGAAAGAGAUAUUGCUACAGGCAGAAAUCGUGGCAAAACACAAGAAGCCGCCCAUGGAAAUGCCAAAGUAUAUUCUGAACAUCUUGGAGCGUGCAAUAAGGGCACGAACACGCUGUGCUAGUUGGUUUUGUAGCACCGAGACAAACCAGCAUACCGAUCAAUCCAACCGCACACAUGCGUAUUUUAUCUCAAUACUUGAGAAGGCACUUGCUACACUCGAGCCUUGUGUGAGAAAAGAAAAAGGCGCUGGAUCUAGCUCUCAAAUACGAGGCAGCGUCGCAGCUCACAACACAAACACAUAUGGCAUGCUGGAGGUUGAAGAUGUUGGUGAGGAUGACCUGAAUAUCACGCCUACUGACAUCGUCAAUGUGAAUGCGGUUAAACCGAGAGCAAAGAAACACCUGAACAUAUGUGAGAUGAAAAUCGAGGAUACGAUAGACUUAGAUUUUGUCGUAUUUUGUUUCUUCGAGGAUUUACAGCGCAUACAAGAAUUCUUGAAAGAGACAUGGAAAUUGGUUACUAAGGAAGAAUUGGACGCCACAACCGCUUCUCUUGUGUCUAACCUGGCUUUCAGUCUUGCACGUCAAAUUGAAGAUGAGCUUAUAUCCAGCCACCCAAAUUAUUUCGGUAAUGUUCCAUCUUAUGUCAAGAUUGCGUGA